AUGAACCAAUCGAACUACAUUACUAGGAAAAAACCAGAUACAAAAUCAACAACUUAUGACCGAGAAGUAGGAGUCUCAAAACCUAUUGUUCCGAAUAUUUUAUUGCCUGGACCAUCUCCCCAACAGCUUGAUCGUUCCAGUUUGAGAGUAGCAAUGUGUGUACCACAACCGUCAGCACAUUUGGAGAAGACGAAAGAAGACUUUUGCUCAGUAGUGACAAAAUGUUACUGCAAAUUAGUAAUUCAUUGGUUGCUGAUGAAGCCAGCUCUCAAGUUCAAAGAUUUAUUGGACUUUGUGAACGGAGAUACAAUAUGCAAAGAACUUCGACUGUUCCUAAUUCAACACAAUGCGAUGAAACAAUCUAGUGAACCUCUUCGCACGAAAGAAACCAUUUGCUACACGGAUAUUUACUCAACAAUUCUAAAAUUGGCUGCCAAUAAGCAAAAGUUUGCAAACUUCUCAGCUCUGCUGGCUGUGUUCCUUGAAAAUUUUGAAGUUUCAGUCAGCAGUGAAACAUAUCGACAUCUCGCGUCACCAAUAGAACAUUUGGAGAAAGCUCGAGAAAGCACAUGUGUUGUUUUGACACAAUGUUAUUGCAAAUUGGUGAAAUAUUGGCUGCAGAUUAAACCAGACCUACCACGACAAUUCUUGAUUCAACACGAUGGCAUGAAAAAAUUGAGUAAACCAUCUUCAAAUUUUGUUAGCGAUCAAGAAACUUCCAUUGAAACCGAUACGGAGGAUAACAUGAGUUUCAAAAAGCUAAUUAAUCCCGAAAAUAGUCAACCGACAAUGUUGCAAUGGUCAGAAAAAACUAAGCUGGAUGAGAAGAAGAAUAGGGAUGGUGAACUCGUGAGCGAUUACUCACAGGCGAUUAGAAACUGUAAGGGAAAAUUAAAAGUUUCUUCUCCAAACUCAUCAACUGACAUGAACAGAGCAACAGUUCUAUCAGUGUCUAAGGCUCCAAUCCAACAUCUAGCAUUGUCAGUAUUGCCGGAAGAUGAGGAUAACUUUCAAUACUCAAACGUUGCACCUAAAAAUGGCAAUAAUGAUGUUUCAUGCUCUCGUGAUGUCGAAAAUUUGGAACAGCAGCUUGGACAAAUGCCUAUCAAAAAACCAGAUAAUCUGCCAUCGACAUCUUUGUUCAACCGGGAAAUGCAAGCAAGGAGAGAAGGCAUUUACAGUUACACUAAACAUAUUGAGAAUCGCGCACAAAGAUUGGAAGAGAACGGUCUUAUUCUUGUUCCAAUACAUGAAAACCAAGAAAAGUGUCUGAUGAGCGGUCACUCAAUUUCAACAUCCACGCCUAUGCAAUGUUUUGGAACCACUAUAAUCAACGACGCAAUGGAAAAACCCAAGUCACUGAGAGCUAUUAACGCCAUUCAAAAUAGUGAGCAGCCAACAUCAUCAUGCGGAUCAGUAGACCAUGAGCAAGUGUGGGAAGAAUAUAGGAAAGAUGACGACAACACAGAUUUAUUCAAUGCAAAAUUAUGGAACUCUUCGGAACAUCAAGAGACGAAUCGACAAGCUUCUCAAGCUUUUUAUCAACACCAAUAUGGUGUUCAAACCCAAGCGAUACUAUGGGAAAGCAGCCCAAUGGAUUGGCAACAUCAACAAGAAUCUUCUUACAAUAAUCAAAUGGACUAUUCGAAUGGGUACACUAGUUCUCAGAAUCAUAAUGAAGUUACCGAUGCCAUUCCACCAAAUGAUUCUCAACAAUUCCCACCACUCGCCCCAUACUCACACAAUUUGGGGAUUUUGAGCCAACAAUCGAUACAGCCAACAUUCUUUGCUCCCGGUCUCCAGUUGGGCAUGAUACAACAACUUUCACAGCCCCACUUGUUUCCAACUCUCCCAUCAAACAUAAUGCAACAUCAAGAUCAGCCUAGCCGAACACCAAUAAAACAGGAAAACUUUCCUCUAACGGACAUAACCGAGAUUAUUAAGUUCCAAGGAUUUUUGGGCGAAGAGAAAUUAAUUUUAAAUGACUACCUAACUAUGCUUCCAAAUUGGUUUUCGACGCGGAUGGUACGUUUUGCCGUUGCUAAAAUAAUGGAAACGGUUGUUCAACCAGAAAGAAUUCAAUGGUUAGACUCGAUUUUUGAAGCAAUUGGAAGCAAGAUUUUUGAAGAUUACAGGAAGGAAAAACUGUGUCAAAUCGAAGCUAGAAUUCAAGAUAAAUGUUGGACACUGCUCGACCACAGACCAACAUUAAAGAGAAGAAACUUAUUCAAUAAAGAAUUAUUGAUUGGUUCUUUUAUUUACGAGAAGCAUUUCAUGCUUUUUGCAAUAAGAAAUCCGAAUGGCGCGAUAACGGAGGAGAGCGAAACAGAAAACUCCCCAUCACCGAUGUGUUCAGUCUAUUUCCUGGACCCUAUGGGCGAUUUUAUUGGAUACCGAAAUAGAAGAGCUCUGCUGAUGGUUUCAAUAUUCAUGGAAUGUCACUUCACAGCUCUGAAAAAAAACAAAAUACUUCCUGAAGCUACAGUUUUUCAUAAAACACGAGUUGUUUUGAAAAGAAUUGCAAAUCUUCCACUUCAAUCAAAUUUCUGUGAUUGCGGACCUUCAGUAGUUUCUUAUGUAGAAACUCUAUUGGAUAACCGUUGGGGAUUGUUGCAAUUAAACAUUGAUGGAGAAGUAGAUUGGCACCAAAUGGAUCAAAACGGUGAAAAUUCAAUUGAUAUGAGCCGUCGCAAAGUUCGUUCGAUGAUGAAACUUUAUAUCUUGCCGCAGUAUCGUCGAGGCGUGUUGGAGCUGGAGAAACUUCAAGAACGUAGACAAAUGAAAGUCACAGCUUCGAAUUCGUCAAUUAAUACGCCCAUCGUCAUAAGAGAUCGAUUCGUCCUCAACAAAUGCAUCGGACAAGGCGCAUUCGGUCAAGUGUUCUCAGCAUAUGAUAUGGAGACUGGGAAUCAUGCUAUUGUUAUGAAGUUCACGUUAGACGCCGAGUCAUUUAACAAUGAAAACAAUUUUCUUGAUGCUUGCCAUGGAACUCGAGGAUUUCCAAAGAAAGUUUCUGAUUUCAAUUUCAUUCUUCGAGACCAAACCUGUUAUUCCAUUGUUCAAUCGUAUGAAGGAUUCUCGUUCAACAAAGUGUUCGCUAUGCCAAACGUCCUUCAACAGCCAUCGAACGUCCUGAAAAUUGGAUAUCGCUUGUUUCUAUUGCUCGAGAAGAUGCAUCAGAUGGGAUUCGUGCAUCGUGAUGUCCAUGCCAGUAACAUCACUGUUGACAACAAUUGGGAAGGGGAACUCGAAAUCAGUCUUAUUGACUUCGGCAGAACCCGUCCUUCGAUUCCCCCACCUGAGAGUGUCGACGAAAGAGGACGUCACCUCAGUUUGAAUGUUCUUCUCGGUGAACGUUACGAGCCUCACGAUGAUCUCAUAUCCAUGGUUUUCUCGUUGAUGACCUUUUUCCGUAUAAGGACAUUUACUGACGAGGAACUUGUUGCUCAGAAGCAAGCAUUCCACGAAGAUCCGAUGUCUUAUUUUCCAACGGAGGACACGCAAUGGGUUGGUCGUCUGUACCUGUACAUCAACAGUCAACGUAACCAGCCAUACGACCGCGAAGGAAUUGUUGACAUUUUCCGAAGCGCCAUUGAUGGUGUGAAACCGACGGAUCCCAUUUCCUUCCGUUACUUCGAUCGCCUCUUCUGGAUUGAUUGA